ACCCCAACAGACACCCUCGCUCUCUCACACUCGCCCGUGAACCCUCUCCCUCCUCUCGCUCCUCUCCCUGAACCUUCUUCGAGAAGCCAGGCCCUCUCUCUCUCUCGGGACUCAGCUCCACUCCACUGCCGCGGCGGCAUGGGGGGAGGUGCUAUGGAGGUGGACCUGACCCACGGCGCGGUGGCGGCGAUGUCGCGGCUGCAGCGAGGGCUGCGGCCGGUGCUGCAGGUGGUGGGCGCCCCCGCCCGCCGCGGCGCCACGGACCGGUACCGCUUCCUGCUCUCCGACGGCGUGCACUCCCAGGAGGGGAUCCUCGUCCCCUCCCUCGACAGCCUCGUAAGGACCGGCCGCCUCCGCGACGGCACCGUCAUACGCGUCCUCGACUACGUCUGCAACCGAAGGGUCAUCAUUGUUAUCCAACUUGAAGUAGUGCAAACUGAGUGCACACUGAUAGGGAGUCCUUCAAGUUAUCAGGUCAAUGCUGCUGAACCAAAUACCAGGUCCUGUUCUGGUAGCCUGGGCAUCCAUGGGUCAAGGGCUGAGCAUGGUGUUAAUGAAAUGGCAUUUUCUCCUGAUCAAGGUCUGUUGCGCUCUUCUAUUGCCGCAAGGGAAGAAAAUGCUGUGAACAAUCUGCCGUUCAGUGGACUUCAUGGUUCAGUGCUAAAGCAAGACACAAUAAAUGCCAAGAUGCAGCAGCUUUCACUGAACUCUCAUCAAGGCAAAAUGCCUGCAGUUUGUCCCACUUGUCAGGGCUUUGACCCACACCCUACAGAGUUUUCGUGCCAGCAGCCACCUCCAGUAUAUGUGAAUAGAGGAUCUGUUGCUAACAAUGGCACUCCUGUCACCCCUUUUGCUUUCUUGAACCCAUACCAAGGUCAGCUGCUGCACUCGAUGUGCAUUUCUGGUUCUAAUCCUAUACUUGCCUUGAAAGGUGGCCGCAUCUGUGAAUUCAACGGCAAAUCUGUGGGCACAAUCAGCUCAACCCUGUUAAAAAUAAAUCCAGACUUGCCUGAUGCAGAAAAACUGAUGCAGUGGUACAUAAAUGAAGGAAAAUUAGCAGUUUGCACUUCUUUAUCUCAGGAAACCUCAAGCAUGGGCAAGAUGUAUUUCCGAAAAACAGUUGCGCAGAUCAAGGACGAGAACUUGGGGCGAUCAGAUCAGCCAGAUUGGGUCACUGUUGAAGCUACAAUUUCACACAUCAGCACCGAGAAAAUUUCUUAUCCAGCUUGCACGACGGAGGUUAAUGGUAAGCGCUGCAACAAAAAGCUGAAAGUCUUGGAAGAAACCUUUAGUGGCGAGGCGCGUGUCAAAAUCAGCAUUGUGAAAGCUGAAAGAUUGGACCACACAUCAAACAAGAGUCGUGUUUUUGACCUUGGAAGCUCGGCCCCUGUUGUGAAUGGUGUUGCUACUGCUACAACCGCUGGUUUCACCAUCUCAGAAGCCGGACAGCAAGCUAAGGUAUCUGGCAGGAUGCCUAAUGCACCAUCAGCAGCACGUUAUGUGCAGGCCUGCAGUUGUGGUUCCACUGGGCACAACGUGCAGAACUGCCCUGCAGCCAUGGAUAUCCAGCUACCAGCAACAGGUUGGGACUUCACGCCUAGUUCAUAUGUCUCUUCUGCAUCUGAAGCUUGCCCGUGCAGCAAAUGCAAUCAGCCUGGGCACUGGACCAGAGACUGUCCAGGUCAGGCUAAUUCAUAUGUCUCUUCUGCAUCUGAAGCUCGCCCGUGCAGCAAAUGCAAUCAGCAUGGGCACUGGGCAAUAGACUGUCCAGGGCAGCCGUCUCCUACGGCUCUUCUGCUGGAAACGCCAAUGGCGGCCUUGGUUUCUGCUUCAGAAGUGAUCAGUUUGGGCACUAUCCUAGUAACUGCCCAGCCCCCUACUCUUUGGCAGGUGCUCAGGCUAGUGCCCCUCGAGCAACAGGCUUCUGGGAACGGUGCUGCGCCGCAUCGGGGGGGAUGCCUAUGUUGUUUGUCGAAUCAAUUACAAUUGGCUGAACAUACUCUAUCAACGGAACUUUCUGCGUCCAACUCCCUCUCCCCGUCCGCCGCCUCCUCACCCCGAUCUGGAACUGCUCCCGCAAGCCCUCGCCCCGCUCACCCCGAUCGCCCGCCGCUCCUACUCGCCCCCGCGCGCUGCUCCCGCUCGCCAAGCUGCCGCGACCCCGCUCCCCGCCCUCGAGCCGCCCUCCUCUCCCGACCCGCCGCCGCGACCCUUCUCUCCCGUCGUCGAGUACCGCCACCGUUGGCCCCGCGCCACCGCCGCCCUCCUCUCCCGCCCUGCCAUCGCCGCCCUCCGCUUCCGCUCGUCCCGCGCCGCUACCCGCGCCCUGCCGCGCCCCGCUGCGCUCGCUCCACGCCGCACCCCGCUCUCCCCACCCCGCGCCGCGCCCCGCUUGGCCGCCGCCCCCCGUGCCGCGUCACCGCCGCCCUCCUCUCAGCGCCGAUCCCGCUCGCCCCGCGUCGCACCCCGCUCUUCCCGCGCCGUGCCGCCCCCGCUGCGCUCUCCCCGCGCCGCGCCCCGCUUGGCCGCCGCCGCCCCCGUGCCGCUCCCCGCUCGGCCAUCCAGGCCGCCGCAUCGCUCCCCCCGCCGCGCCUGCCGCUCGCCCCGCCGCUCGCGACGCGCUCGCCCGGCCGGCGAGCGAGCCGCCACGCCGCGCCGCUCGCCGCGCUCGCCCCGCCGCUCGCCUCGCUCGCCGGCCGGGCCGCGCUCACCCCGCCUCCCCCCGCUCGCGCUGCAGGACGCCGCGCCGCCUCCCCCGCUCGCCCCGCUCGCCACGUGCCGCGCUCGCCCCGCCUCCCCCCGCUCGCGCCGCAGGACGCCAUCCGCCUCCCCCGCUCGCCACGUCCCUGUCCAGGAAGAAGCCCAUCGGCGCGAGUUACGGGUCCGUCCCAGAUCCUGCUCCUCCUCCGCCUCGCUUCCCACAACAGUUCAUCUUUACAGUUUGUAUCUUUGUAG